GUGAAUCAUUAAACAGAGUGGUAUUUAAACCCAUCAACCUGCAGGUGUUACUGUGGCGAAGUCUCCUCCUCACUGAGCACUGCGCGGUGCACAGCCCAUCAGACAGUUUCCUCCAGAAUGUCCAAUUCACCCGAGCUCCUGGUCUCCAAAGAGACCCGGGACGUUCCACGUUAUGUGUCCUCACCUCCACCACCAGCUCCACCAGCAGCUCCACCGCUGCUCUCCUUCAAAGGACCUCCAUCUCCACCCUACCCUGCAGCCUCGUCAAAAACCAAGAUGACCUGCAUCCAUCAGCCUGCUGCCGGGUACGGCUCCCUCCUGGACUUCCACACCGAGGCCUCGAUGGACACAACUCUGCUGAUGGACUCGUCUUCUUUUGAUGACCACAAAGCGAGGAGAGCGUUCGCCAAAAAGGUGUUCUGGAUCCUGACCCUCCAGCUGCUGUUCUCCUUCGGCGUCUUGUGUGCGUCCUUCUUUGUAGUGAAGGACGCACACAACAAGUGGCUCUACGUCGGCUCCCUGCUCGCCUUCGGCGGCUUCACCGCCGCCCUCAGCAUCUGCAAGUCCUUCAGCCAACGUCACCCCUGGAACAUGGAGGGAUGGGUUGUGGUCACUGUGAGCUUGUCACACAUGGUGGGAACCAUCGGCUCCUUCCACGCCUUCAACCACGUCUUCAUCACUGUGGGAGUCCUGAUGGUCAUUGCUGUCGCCAUCGUUGCCUUCUCUGCACAGUCUAGAGGUGCCUAG